GCCAAGCCAACGGGGCUCCUACUAUUUGGCAGGGGGACAGGCUAGAGAAUGGACGGGCAGGCGGCCGCCAUGGCUUCGGCGGGCGGCAACGCGGGCUGUCCGAGCCCGGCUCCGGCCUCGCUGGAGAAAGUCACCUCGGAGAACCCCGCCGAGCCCGACGCCUACACGGUGCCGGGGAUCCUGCACUUCAUCCAGCACGAGUGGGCGCGCUUCGAGAUGGAGAAAGCGCGGUGGGAAGCGGAAAAAGCCGAGCUGCAAGCACGUGUAGCCUUUCUCCAAGGAGAGAGAAAAGGUCAGGAGAAUCUUAAGAAGGAUCUGGUCCGGAGAAUUAAGAUGCUUGAAUAUGCCUUGAAGCAAGAAAGGACAAAGUACCACAAGCUGAAGUAUGGAACUGAACCAGUUCAAGGUGACACAAAGACAGAUACGCCUGAAUCGGUUUUAAAUAAUGGCCCUGAUAUAUCAACAUUAGAACAGAACAGUCCGUCAUCGUGGAAGGAAGGACGCCAGCUACUGAGGCAAUAUUUACAGGAGGUGGGUUAUACAGACACUAUCUUGGAUGUGCGGACAAAGAGGGUUCGAUCCAUGCUGGGCCAUUCCAGUCCUGAGCACAAUGGAGCAGCAGAGUCCAACAGCUUGGGACAGAUUCUAAAUGGUGGUGACUCUCCAUUAGUUAAACAGAUAGAAGAACAAAUUAAGAGGAAUGCAGGCAAUGAGUCUCGGGAUGGGCUAAGAAAGUCAAUGCUGGAGAAGAUGCCUUUCUUGCGGAAUGUGGAUGAUGAUAGUGAUGAGGACGAUGAUGAAUUGGACAGCAUUCCUUCAGAACUAUCUGUCACGCAGAGACUAAGCAAGAAACAAAGGAUAGGCUCUGAGAUGACAGCUGUUGAUUCGGGCAUGGACUGCGAGACAGUGGAUGCUCUGAGUGAAUUCCACUUCUUGGACACUGAAGAGGAUGAAGAAAGGACUGAGGAUUCCAGGAGCUCGGGGGAUGGCAAAGAACUAGGAAGUCACCGUUCCAAACUUCAGGAUGUACUGCCUGAUUUCACAGACAUUGAUGGCUUGCCUUCCAUUCCAGCUGGGGUGAUUGGUCAACCCAAGCCAAAAGAAGCUGUUCCUCUUGCAUUUCCUCCGCAUGCUAGCAAACCAUUUAUACUUGGAGCGGAUACUGUUGGAGAUGGAGAGAUGAGCUUGGGUGAGCUGGCAGGCCUCACUGUCACUAAUGACAAUGAUAUUUCCGACAGUAAGGAUGCCUUCAGGAAGACUUGGAAUCCUAAAUAUACACUGCGGAGUCAUUUCGAUGGGAUCCGUGCACUGGCAUUUCACCCAGAGGAGCCAGUGCUCGUCACUGCAUCAGAGGAUCGCACACUGAAGCUGUGGAACCUGCAGAAAACAAUCCCUGCGAAAAAGAGUACUGCAUUGGAUGUGGAACCCAUUUAUACGUUCAGGGGUCAUGUAGACCCAGUGUUAGCGAUAGCUGUUAGUUCUAAAGGAGAUCAGUGCUUCAGUGGAGGGCUUGAUGGCACAAUUUGCUGCUGGAAUAUUCCAAGUUUGAACACUGACCCAUAUGACAGUUACGAUGACAGCAUUCUCUCCAGAACACUAAAUGGUCAUACAGAUACAAUUUGGGGACUUGCAUUUAGUACCCUGAAGAAUCGCCUGAUUUCAUGUUCAGCAGAUGGAACUGUCAGGUUGUGGGAUGCAGCUGCGAAUCCAGCUUGUGUUGGUACAUACAACAGAGAAAAGGAAAAUGGGAUUCCUACCUCCGUUGCAUUCUUGAGUGACCCUGCUCACGCUGUGACUUCCUUCACCAGCGGAGAUGUGGUCAUCUACGAUUUGGAGACACUGCAGCCAGUGAUGACCCUGGAUUCUAAAACAUCUGACAAUGCUGCUAAUCAGAUUAACCGGAUUGUCACCCAUCCCAAACUGCCAGUCACCAUCACUGCACAUGAUGACAGGUGUAUUCGCUUCUUUGAUAACAAGACAGGAAAAAUGACCCAUUCAAUGGUUGCUCACUUGGAUGCAGUCACCUCUCUCGCAGUAGAUCCCAAUGGAGUUUUCCUGAUGUCAGGAAGUCAUGACUGCUCAAUACGCCUCUGGAACCUAGACAAUAAGACCUGUGUUCAGGAAAUUACAGCACACCGGAAGAAAUACGAUGAAGCGAUCCAUGAUGUCACCUUCCACCCAAGCAAAGCCUACAUUGCUAGUGCAGGAGCAGACGCCCUCGCUAAAGUGUUUGUAUGACACAGUUUAACCUCCCUGGUCUCAUUCCUCUGAGCAGACUGGUUUCCGCUCAUCUAUAAGGGUUGAUCCCACAUUCCUUUUAGAAUGGUUGCCUUGAAUUGGUGAAUGAAGACGAUUUGCCUCUAGCCUUGAAAUUCGCAGUCCUGGGUUCAUAGUCCUGUGCCCAUUCACACUUUUCUCAACAAAGCUCAGGGUUUGCGUUUAAACCUUUUUAAUGGGCUUGUGUUCACUGAACUUUCUAUAGAACAUGUAAAAGUUUUAAGCUUUUAGAAAGAAAAAAUGGUAAAUUUUGUAUGGGUAUCCAAUAGUGGGCUGUGUGAAAUAAGUAGAAAAUGUAGCAACGGUCUGGGUCAAACCAUAUAAAGGUGCAAGAACAGGUUUUGCUCUUUGCUAAAUUAUUUUUUUAACGGUUGGACUACUUUUUUAAUACAGCCUGGUACCUUGAUAGCUAUAUUUCCUUUUCCCAGACAGUUAUCCAUUAAGUACCAAUAUAUCGUUGACAUGGAGAAUACAGGAGAAUAACUUUUUUUUCUCCACCCCCCCCCCCCCCCCCCCACGAAUUCUGUGAGGGCAUACCCAGGAGUGGGCCAAGGUCCCCUGUCUUGGGCAUACAAGAAUACAAAUGUAGUUAUGUACAGCCAGGGUGGCUUACGACCACCCCUCCCCUCAUCUGAGGAUCACUUAGUCCGACGGUGUUGAAUGUACUCUGUUAACACAAUGGGGUAGAUUUUGCAAAUUAAUGUUCCUGCUUGUCUGACGCUGGACAAUUUAAUUUGAAGCAAGUGUUUCUGAUUUGCCAUUUUCCACACAAUUUAAGAUCACUUUUCUAAGAAUUCCUUUGAAGGCUAAAAGCUCUGCACUUUUUUAAUAUCUCCUCAUUACUUGGGCCUUUGAUAUCCAGCCUUGUGGCUAUUUUUGGCAUUAUCCCUGAUGUUUGAAUGUCUCAGUGUGAUCUUCUCAGAGCACCAUACAAUUUAACCAUUACUGCUUCUGACUUUAACAUACUUCAUCUUAUUGGCUUAUUGAUUACUCCUCUGCGUUGGUUAAGUGUGCUUAACUCGGCAAAGAGCAGGGAUUAAACCUGCGACCAUGCUGUUCUGUGUGACCCAGGAAGGAAUGAGUUUACGUGCGAGUCUUUAUGAAUAACGCUUGUUACUUAUCAGAAAAUCAAUAAGGAACUUCUCUGUGUCGGUCAUCACUGAAAUUGUGCUGAUAAGACAGUACAGGUUAACCAGUAUGGGAAUUUUGUUUGCACAAAAUAAUCCUUAAAUCAUUAACUGAGCAGAGGGAGUUUCUUUAUAAUAUAAUUCAGAUAAUUUCCAGCUGUUUUAUUAGCAUGAAAACAAGGGGAGAAACAGGUAGCUUUUAUCAUUUUUGUGGCUCUGGAAAUUUACAUUAGAAGUUUGGGUGCAGAGGUCAGUGCAAGCGAUUCCAUCGUUGAGUUUAAGGGUUUCAAAAUCCUUUGAGGUUGAUUGGCCUUCCUUGUUGGUAUUCCUAGUAUGUCAUGAAGGUGUAAAAUACAUGGCCACCAUAAAGGAAACCAAACAGCAAUUCAUACUGUUUACUUGCAAUAAUUUAGCUAAAGAGAUCACAUUUCUGUCUCUGAGCCGCUAGAACAAGGCAAUCGUAGAUUUGAUCAGGCUGUCUGUGCUUAAUUUGCUGCUGCUAGGAGCCCUGUUAACCAUUCAUCCCUGCUGGGUGGGAAUCUGUGAAGAGAGCAGGAUUGGGUUUGGUGGCAAGUUGUCCCAUGGUCAGUCAGCCUGCUGGCAUCACUACCAAGGCUUGGAAAGUAACCAUUUGCCAAGAGUGGGACAGUCCUCUACUCUGAGUAAAGAAAUGUACUCACAAGCCUAGUAUUGGUGGCGAUACCUCAGAAAAAGAAAAGCUUUUUUGUUAUGAAUAUUACAUUAGCAGAAAUGCUGAAUGUUUAAAAGUGAAAUGACAGUAUAUGUGCAGGAUUCUGGAUCCUAAAGAAAUGAAAUUUUCAGCAGAGGUUCUCUGAAGCUCCUGCAGGAACGGUGGGAACCCUCCCUGGUAUUAACAUCGCUUCUGCCUGUGUUCAGGUGGGAGAUGGGGAGUGUCGUGUAGAAAUUCAAACCCACUCUCCACCCCAUUUAAUUUGCAUUUCAGUGGAGACAUCAUAACACAACUACUGAAAUGCAUAUUGAAGCAAACAGCGUGCAGGGAAAUGCCUUUAGCUUAGUUUUACAGGUCGUGGGAACCUCAUUCUCUGCCACUUCCUCAGAGUUCAACUUGUAAAUUCAUUGUUCCCAAUAUGAAAUGCUCCAGUAAAGUCAUAAGCACCAGCACUUCAGCAGUCUAGAGCUAUUUCUGACCUUCCCCAUUUAUACAUUUGCAUAUCUCAGUCAGUAUAUUUUCACUUUAGACUGGUCCUGUUGCCACUCAAGUCUCUCACUGAGAAUGCUGGCUUAAAGUGCAGCAUUCUUAAUAGAAACAAAGAUGGAAGUUUUUCUGGCUAACUUGGAUCAAUCCAAUGCCCAACUAGGUGUUGAGUGAAGCAGAAGAGCUUCAAAAUUCUCUCCCUUUUCAGGAACCACGAAUGUUUAUUCCUUCAAGGGAAUAACUUGCUUCCACUCCCCCCACCCCCCACCAUCUUCCUGACAAACAACCAAACAUCUCCCAGUUUAUUCUCCUAUUUAACAAGCACUGACUUCCCUUCUGUUGGGUGUGGUGUUGUGGGUAAAAUACCAAAAGUGCAAUGGACUUGUAGUCCAGAGACUUGAAUGUAAAUCUCACUAUUCCAGGUGAGGAGUUUAAAUUCAGUUCACUGAAAUUGGAAUUUUAAAAAUAACCAAUUAUAACCAUUAAAACUACUGGAUUAUAUCAAUGAAUGGUUUGAUUCAUUCAAAUUUUUCAGGGAAGGAAAUUCUUACCUGAUCUGGCCUACUCCUGAUUGCCCUUUAAAUUGGCUGGGUAAAACUUCACAUGAACCAAGCUGCAUCACAGUUUAAGUUGACCCUGACCUUCUUGGUUACAAUUGGCAAUAAAUAUUGGCCUUACCAACAGCUCCUCGCCUCCCCAUAUUCUAAGAAUGCUUCUAUUUGCUGCCCAGAUGGGUCAAGAAGUGAAGCAGUGCUGUUAAUAUCUCAAUAUUGUUCAACUCUGCAUGUCCCUGGGCCAUUGAACAGAAAUACCAGGACUGUGUGCUUCUCCUGACCCCUGUCUGGUGAGCCAUUCUGGACUGGGCUUGGGAGACGAGGUGCUUCUAUAAGAUUAAGACAAUUCCAAUGCUCUUCCACAGUGAAAUAGCCUGCCAACACUCACUAUGCAGGCUUACACUCAGGUGACAGCUGCUAGUGGAACUCUUACCUCAACAUGAGCAUGGCCUUCAGAAGAGGAGGAAAAAGGGAAAGAAAAUACUCUGAAUUGCACUGGGUAAACAACGGCAACCUCCCAUCUUCAUACCUUAUUAAUCGCAUGUAGUUAUUAACAAGGGGAUCAAUGCUUCAGUCAACUGUGUUCCAAGGAGAAUAAGUAAAUUCUGCAUCGUGCAUUCAUAUUACAACAACAAUCCAUUACUAGUCAGUUUUAAAUGAAACUAUAACCAAUAAUGUUUAAUAGCAAAUACUAUCGUGAAUGUAAAUACACAGGGGACAGUAGCACUAAGAGGCAUCCUCUCAGAUGAUUUAAUUGCUUCUGGCUUUCUAGGGCUUAGUUGGUUAUAGAUUGUGUGGUAUGCAUUUGGGAUAAUUAUUAUUUUAUUUGUACGGUUAAUACUUUGGGCUUCCUCAGAAUCUCAGUUUUUAGCUGAACCUUAUGGGCUAGGAAUGUCCUCAUUUUAAACCCCAGUCAGUGCAGAUCACAGCAGACAUAGCAUUUGGUGGUACCAGUGGUUUAGGUGCCAGGCAGGAUAAAAUAAAGUUAGUUUUGCUACUGAAGAGUCCAUUUGCAGGGGUUUAGGCGAGUUAUUUGAAAGUGUGUGGGAGUGUUAUAAUUAGAUGAUUGCAUUUCAAGUGGCUGGGGUGACAGUGUGUGAGCAUCGGAUGAAUGCAUGUCAGGUGUGGGUUAUGCAUAGGCCUUGAAUGCAAGGUAGGUUUGAGUGUGAUGUGUCCCAACAUCAAUGACUUUUGCAUCUGGUAAAUCAGCAACCAAGCAGUCAACAAAACAACAGUCCCAGCAAGAGCAUACAAAAGUUUUAAAGAGUAUUGGCUCCCUCUGGGUUCAGUGGGAAGUCAUACAAAUCAAGAAGUUCAUGUGCUCAUUCCUUUUGUCACUUAUCUCUUCCAUUUGUUCUUCUUCAGUUGAUUUCUACAUAAAGGUGUUGGGUUUCCUGUUAGCUGAUUCUUACUGGGAAAAGUACUCGUGUAAACUUUAGGGGAAUAUAUGAUCAGUCUUGCUGUGAUGCAACCCUUUGACUCCUACAGUACUUAUUGCAAAGCUACUGAAUAUCUGCUUACAAUCAUGGCAUAGUAAUCUUCAGAAAGGGAGUAUUUGGGGAUGCAGUGAAGUAUUACAGCAUUUUAUUAUAUUACAAGCUAAGCAAACUGAGCAAGUGUAGCCUUCCAGUUAUUUCUAUAAAUGUGAACAAAACGCCUCAAGGUGUUGUUAUCCUUUUGUUUAUUUCAGGACUAACAUUUCCUUCAUGUGGCAUUUAACAAAUAUAAUCGAGCCGUGUAGUGACCUAGGAAGCAAAAACUUACAUAACAGAUACAGUUCAAAGAGUUUAAUGAUUUUAAAUAUAUUUCAGUUCAUUUAUAUUGUAAAGGGUGUACUAAAAACUGUUCUAUUACAUUCAGACUAAAUUCUGUACAACAGGAAUGUCCAAGUUUUUGGGCUUUAUGGGAUGUUUAGGUGAUUCCUUGAGGCUGGAGAAUUCCUCUUCACUUUUACCUCAAUUUGUUGCUGCUAUCUGCUUGAUUUGGGAUUUGUCAACCAGUGAGGCAACUGUGCCAAGAACCAACUUUAUACCAAACCUCCAGAUCCACAAAAUCCAAGCAACAUAAACUGGCAAACAAGUACGAUCAAGCCUAAAUUGCCUGGGCCUCGUGGACCAUAGUUUGGACACUCCUACUGUACAGGACACACUUUCCAGUCACAGGCCUUCAGCUUAAAGCCUGUACUUUUGGAGCUUUAUAACUAAAUUCCCGUUGAGCGUUGUCCCGCUGUCAGUUUUCCUUCAAGCUUUUUACUGAUAGUGAGCAAUCUGGCACACCAAUUUAGUCUGUGCACUGAGAACUGAACAUUGAAGAAAUGUGUAUUUGGAAGGAGCAGUUUGGAGGUUUUUUUAAUUUUUUAAAACACUUGAGAGUCCGGCAUUAUCCCCUAGGUUUUGCAGAAUUAGUUUAAUGUUGUAAGCAGCCAGGAUCACUUAAUUCCAGAAACUUUGACAGGAAUAUUUUUGUUUGCAAGUAAGAAAUUCUAAACUGCCUUGGGAUUUUGAAAGAGAAUAGAAUGUUGGACUCUUAACUCUAGGGGUUUAGGAUUCAAUUUAUAUUUUUAAUCCUAAUUGUUUACUAUUACUUUUUGGCAGUCAUGCCAGUUUUAUUCUUGAUGUUGAGCUGGGAUGGUUUCAUGUAUGUUAACAAAACAGCCAUCAAUGAAAUCUUAAAUAAUGGUUCAGAAAAGAAAGAACCAGUCAGUAAAUAUCUUGGUUUUGAUUCCAGAAGUCCUUCCCCAUAAUAAAAGCAGAAGUCAUCAUCAAUCUUCAGCAUGCAAUUUGGGCGACAGGCUCUCAAAGUUAAUAUAUUUUAUUAUGACAGAAAACUGAUCCCUGGACACACUCCAAGUAGGCCAGUCUAAAAUGUCCACAUUCUUGAUUUCCCUUGUUUUUGAAUGGACCUUUUAUGUAACCAAGGUUUGUUUUUGUGUAAAUGAUGUUGGGGCCAUUCUCCUUAAAACAUUCAUGGGUCUGACCAUUGUGUAAGGAUCCUCAUUGUUUUAUAAAGGUCCAAGGUGCAGUCUUUCAGGAUAGGACCUGCGUUGCCCUUCUCACAUUUCCCUUUGUGAAGCAGGCAGCCUGCAGCAGAUAAAAACUGACACAAUCGCUCUUUGUGGAUCAGUACUGCCUGGGUUUACUGCCUGCCCUAAUUUUUGCUUUAGGUGCAAGAUGUGCACUCAACAAUGGAUGUUUGUCUGCAGUCACUUGUUUGGCUGAAGCAUAAAUGAGAACUCCUGGUGUAUAUUUUUGGUUGGUUCUCAGUACUGUGAUCCCUUGUUGACUUCUGAACAUGUUCCGGUUAAAAAUAAAUGUUCUGUGAUUAUUUAAGUGGUGACCAGCAUGAAUGUGGUGGAAAGAAUUUUGUCCAGUGGUUGAUAUUGGUUGCAUGCAGUCCAAAGUGCUCUUGUCAAACUCUUGUUGCAAAUCAUUCAUUGUUCCUGAAGUCACAUAGAUUCUGUCCAAGCUAAAAGGGGCUAGUGGGAGAUCUAGUCCAAUUGUCCGCUCUGUAGGAAAUUGCAAGAAUAGUUGAUGUAUUCUUCCCUCUUUAUCUCCAAAAUCAGAUGGGCUUGGUUUUGGGUAGUAUUUUGCUAUGACGUUGAGAGUCGAUCAUUAUUUGGGUAAGUAUUGAACAGCACCCAAAAAAAAGAGGUUUAAUUCCUAUGUCGAUAAAGGUAAAGUUGGAAGUGAAGUUCAAUUCUUUCAUUGCGACGUUUUUGUUUUGCAGUUAACGGUGUUUGACAGACCGCCAUUGCAACUUGGGUUUUGUUUGUAGCCAUUUGAUUUUUGCCCCUUUCCCUCCAUAUGAUUUAACACCCAACCACUCCCCUGAAACCUAAAAGAGCUCAAUCCCAACCCCUCCUCCCCCAAAACCCUAAGAGAGCUCAAUCCCUAUCUACAUCACUGCCGACCAAAAGCAAAAUAAUUCUGAAAAAUGACUGGUUCAAAAGAUUAUUACAUGCAGUUCAAACAAAAUCAAUGCAAAUCUUUGGAAAUUGCGUGACUGGGGUCUUGUUUUGCACAGUGGGACGGGGUUUAACUCGCCACUGGCCAGCCAGUGGGAUAUUUCCUUUUUAAAAAAAAAUAACUUUUUCUUCCUCUACAAGUUUAUUGUAAAUGAUGUAAAAUUUUAAAUAUGUGAUAUUUUGUACAUCUCACUGUAUCUGAAAUAGUUGUGUAUUUAUCAAAGACUACUGUAACUCUUUUUUAUGGCACUUGUUUUUUCAUGUAUAUUUAUUUUACUUUUGUCUUCUAAUUAAUCAGUGAUGUUCUGUAUGUGGAAAGGUCUGAAAGUAAAGUGUUUGUUUUCUACAGA